GGCAACUCCUUGAGCGCAAACUGUAAUCGAUAGGGAUUGUAAGGUACUCCCACAAACACGGAGCCUUGUUUUGGUUUAGAGCUACUGGAUUUAUUAACAAAGUGGAGAAGAUAACUUUGCACCCACUUCACAUUCAUCGGCUUCGUAUCACAUUGGACUCUAACAUAUUUUGAAAAGAUAAUCGAAUGCACUGGUACAUGUUUUAUUUUUCUGGGUUGCACUUUUGCAAGCAGGGCUAUCGACGGGACAAGCCUGCCUUGGUGGUUACCUAGCAUGCGAAAUGAGGUCAUAUGCUGACGGGGCUUGUUUUGAACUCCGGGACUGAAGUGAGUUUUCCCUUAUUUUUGUAGGCGACUUUUUGUCAUCAUAAUGAAAGGACAAAUUAAUAAAGAGUAUGUUAUUUUACGUUCUUAGGGAGAAAAUGUAGCAUACUGCUUCGAAAUUCCACUGCAGCACCAACAGUUUGACAGCACUGUUAUUGGUUUAGCGCCGUUAGUUUAGCUAAUUGAGACGUAUGCCAUAGUAAAUUCAUAGUUAAGAUCCACACUAACUCGUUUUCAAUGGCUAUAUUAGGAUCUAAAUACCCUAAUAUUUGUUGCUUUUUUAUUUCAGUAAGAACAGUUGUAUUUUUAAAUACAAGUAGUAUUUAAAAUUCCAAAAUGGCUAGCCCAACCACAGAGCAGCAGGGUUGUUUUUCAGAUGUAAGAAAGGUGGGUUAUUUAAGGAAACCUAAAAGCAUGCACAAGAGGUUUUUUGUCCUGCGGGCUGCUAGUGCUGCAGGACCCUCCAGGUUGGAGUACUACGAAAAUGAAAAAAAAUGGAGACACAAGUCCGGGGUGCCUAAAAGGUCAAUCCUGCUGGAGAGCUGCUUCAACAUAAAUAAAAGGGCAGAUUCCAAAAACAAAUACCUGGUGGCUCUUUACACCAAGGAUGAGUAUUUCUCUAUUGCAGCGGACAGCGAGCAGGAACAAGACAGGUGGCACCAAGCGCUAGUGGACCUACACAACAAAGGUAAAGUUCAUGAUGCUGCUGUUGGUGGCAGUGGGAUGGCAGAGGAGAAUUAUGGAGAAGAAACCAUGCCAGGACCUGCCUUUAAAGAAGUCUGGCAAGUUAUUUUGAAACCAAAGGGCCUGGGACACACCAAAAAUUUUAUUGGGAUUUACAGAUUGUGCCUAACAAAUAAAACCAUCAGCUUUGUAAAAUUGAACUCAGACGCAGCGGCGGUCGUGCUGCAAUUAAUGAAUAUAAGGAGAUGCGGUCAUUCAGAGAAUUUCUUUUUCAUUGAAGUGGGAAGAUCCGCAGUCACAGGACCGGGGGAAUUUUGGAUGCAAGUGGACGACUCUGUUGUUGCUCAAAAUAUGCAUGAAACCAUCCUGGAGGCGAUGAAAGCGAUGAGUGAGGAAUUUCGUCCCCGGAGCAAAAGCCAUUCCUCGUCAAACUGCUCCAACCCAAUCUCUGUGCCUUUGAGAAGGCAUCACCACAACAACCUGCCACCUAGCCAAGUGGGACUGGGAAGGAGGUCCCGGACUGAGAGUGUGACGGCCACCUCGCCUGCUGGCCCGGGAAAGCACAGUCAUUCAUUCAGAGUGAGGGCCUCUAGUGAUGGGGAAGGAACCAUGUCCAGACCAGCCUCAGUGGAUGGGAGCCCCUGUGAAGCCAGGACACAAUCUCACAGACACAGAGGGGCCUCCCGCCUCCACCCUCCCCUCAACCACAGCAGGUCUAUCCCCAUGCCCUCUUCGCGCUGCUCCCCCUCAGCAAUCAGCCCAGUUAGCCUGUCCUCCAGCAGUACGAGUGGGCACGGCUCCACUUCAGACUGUCUCUACCCCUGCCGCUCCAGUGCCUCCAUAUCUGGCUCUCCUAUUGACGGGGGAUUCAUUUCCUCUGAUGAGUAUGGAUCCAGCCCCUGUGACUUCAGGAGUUCCUUCCGCAGUGUCACACCUGACUCCUUGAGUCACACACCGCCCGCCAGGGAGGAAGAACUCAACAACUACAUCUGCAUGGCGAAGCCUGCAACUCUUCUGAGGGGCCACUGUGGCUGCAGCCCCCACCCCCACGGUACGCCAUCCCACCUGGACGAGCCUGAGCUGGAGAAGUGCUUCAGGAAACGGACACACUCCUCGAGCACAUCUCCCCUGACAGUGUGCCACCAGAAGACCUCCACAGUAUCGCUGGAGGAGUACACAGUAAUGCAGCCUGCAUACUCGUCAUGCAGCCGAGCAUCCAGCUACAGGCACUCUGCCUUCAUGCCCACACACUCAUACCCAGAGGAGGGCAUAGACAUCCCCUUAGAGGGCAACAGGGUGAGCAAAAAAGAUGAUGGCUACAUGCCCAUGACCCCAGGUGUGGCACCUGCCACAGGUAAAAGUGCCGACUACAUGCCCAUGAGCCCCAAAAGUGUGUCGGUGCCACAGCAGAUUAACUCUCACCAGCACCCCAAAAUGGACUCCAAUGGGUACAUGAUGAUGUCACCCAGCGGGAGCUGCUCACCAGACACCACAAACUACGGUCAAAUAUGGACCAAUGGGGUCAACCCUAAGCUUUCUGUCGAGAGCACGGAGGAGAAAUUGUUGUCGCCCGGGGAUUACAUGAACAUGUCACCGGCGAGCUGCUCCAUGACUAGCACGCCGCCAGAUUGCUACAUCAACCUGGUAGAGGAUCCACCUAAGUCCAUGUACUCCUACUUUUCCUUGCCUCGCUUUUUUGAACACAGCCACAGGAAGCUGGACCAGAACCCCCUGCACCUUUCGCUCAGCUCUGGACGCCUGGCCUUCGGGGACUCUUUAGCCUCCUCCACGAGCAGCGACAGUCUAAUGGGACAGGGCUACGGUAGUCAGCCCGUGGUCAAGCCCAAGAGAGCUGAUGUGGACAGCAGGCUGGCCAGGCCCACGCGCCUCUCUCUGGAGGGCAACAAAGCCAGCACCCUGCCUCGCACCCAUGAGUGCCCCUUCCCUACAGAUCCCAAGAGCCCCGGGGAGUAUGUCAACAUAGAGUUCAACGACAAGCCUUUCUCAGCCGGCUUGGCCACUCACUUUUCCCCUGUGUUCCCAGGGAGUGGCCCAGAGGGGCCAGCAGAGAUUUCCUCAGACUACAUGAACAUGCACCUGGGUGCUCAGGGCAGGGGUAUUCCCAGCUGGGCAGCCAAACCCCUAGCCUCCUGCACAGAUGGCUAUGCUAUAGUGGCCCCUGUGGCUCCCUCUGUGAUCCCCUGUGAGAACCUCUGUAGACGGGACUACAGCAGCACACAGACUGACUACUCUGACACACAGAUGAUUCUGAACGCUCCGAUGUCGACCAUUGAUGUCACCCCCUUCUCUGUGUCCCCUCCAAGCCAGGACCUGUCUGUGCUGGGUGCGGGUCCCAGUGCCGUGCCCUUAGGACUAAUGGGCCCUCUCUCUGGGCUGAGUGCUUUCACCAGGGUUAACUCCAGUUUAAUCUGGAACCAGGGAGCUAAAUUGAUCCGCGCCGACCAGCAGGGCCGGCGCCGGCACAGCUCCGAGACCUUCUCCUCCACGGGAGUCCCGGUCAACGCCGCCUCGCCCUCCGUGGAGGGAGUGAAACGUCACAGCUCCGCCUCUUUCGAGAAUGUAUGGCUGAAGCCGGGAGAAUCCCCAUUAUCUGCCAACGGGAGGAGAGAAAGCCCAUCAGAGCCCAGCUCUAACGGACAGAACCAGAACAGGCUGAACUACAUCGACCUGGACCUGGCUCAGGACCAGAACCUACCAGAGUGGAGUUCCCUCUGGGCCAGAGCCAGGGACACGCAAGGUGGUAGUGACCCAGAGGACCUGCGCGCCUAUGCCAGCAUUAGUUUUCAGAAAGCAGACGAGUCGAGGAUGAACCCCGCUCAGAGAGAAGACCCAGACAGCCCAGGAAAGUUGAGGGAGGGAGAGAGACUGUCUGGGUGCACACUGUUCCUGAAUGAAGAUGGGUGCUCUCCAGUGAAUUUAGACUUCCUUGUCAUAGAACAGACCUCAUAGAAUGGACCUCACAGAUUCACAACCAGACCUCACCAGUCAGGCCCCACAAACCAGACGGGACAAAACUAUUACUGGACAUUACAAUCCAGACCUUGUAAUCUGGAUUUCACAAUCCUUACUACUUCAUCUGGAUUUUGUAAUCCAGACUUCACAGCUUGGACAUUGUAAACCAAACCUCACAAUCCAUAACCUGGACCUCACAACCCGGACCUGCAGUGUUGAUGCUGUAACCCAGCUCCUCCUCUUAGCACCGGUAUGGUACUACUCAACGGUACUCCGCCUCACCGCACCACUUCCUCAGGCAACAAAGCGGCAAACCUGCCCAGUCUCACCUGAGGACUGUCCAGUCUCAAACCUGCCCAGUCCCCCACGUCAUUUUUUUUUUUUUUUAAAUCACUUAUUGGCUUUUUGUUGCUUUUGUUUCUUGUUACGGUCAUUUACAUUUUAUUUACAUUUUGGCCAGUUUGGCUUCCAGGCCAGUGUCCCCACCACACAACUCUGAUGCUUCCACAGCAUCAUACCAAGCCUCCAAAUGGCUACAGUAGUCACUAGGGUUACUUGAACUUUGUCUUCUGUUACAUGCUACUGGGUUCUUCCAUGUCCCUGUCAGCAACAAAUUGUGCUUCAUUCUAGUAGUUUGUAAAUAGGUUCUUUAGAGGAUCCUCUUAACAUGUGUUACAUGUUAUAUAGACACACAAUGUCAAUAGUGUUGUCAUCUAAACAUCCAGUCAGGCAGGAAUAGUCCCAUAUCUGAGCUGUUGGUACUAAUACUGACACGGUAUAACUGUCUAGCUGAAACCCGUAAAGGCUUUCACCGAUCUAAUGGCAGAGCAACUCUAUGUUGCUGUGGAUUUCUAACAUUGUUAUUUUGUGACGACGGAAAGUUGUCACUGGUACGGCAUUGUUACCAAGUGUAUGUGGUUGGAGCGUAUCAUAUCAACUCGUAGGGCUACAUUGUAACAGUCUCUUCCGUAGAGGCACCUCUGUAAAGGCUUGGAAGCCAGUAAAGUUGCUUUCGACGUUUUCAUUUUAUUUUUCAUUUUAUUUUUGCAGGAAAACAUGGACUGUAAUAGGUUCACACACACACAAAAAAAGGGCAUAUUUUCUGUCAUACUUGCUGCUGAAGACUUUGACAAACAAUCUCUGUAAAUUAUUGAAUAUAUAAUGUCAAUUGUUUGUUUUAAAAGUCAAGAUUAUUUAACAUGGUUUAUAUCUGUGCUUUUUGAAUUUUAACUAAAACAUGUCCAAUA